AUGUCUCGUCCGAAGGUGUAUAAGACUGAGCUGCUCACGAAGGCCUCAAUCGCCUACAACUACCUUCACACGAAUAGUACGACGCAUGAAUUCGCCUUUGGUGCUAUCGCUGAGAUCGCCGACAACGCCGCCGAUGCGGACGCGCAAGCUCUCCACAUUGAUUGGGAUCCCAACGGCAAGCUCCUUUCUUUUUUGGAUGACGGUUGUGGGAUGUCACCGAAAGAACUUAUUUCGAUCGUCAAAUUUGGCCACUCAUACAAGAAAGGCGGCAGCUUCAUUGGCCAAUACGGCAAUGGACUCAAGAGUGGUGCGAUGCGCGUGGCAAAGGAUAUGAUCAUGUUCACGAAAAAGGACUCAAUAUAUUCUUGUCUGCUGCUAUCACGCACAUUCCACGAAGAACAAGGCUUACACGAAGUAUUCAUCGCGUCACCGUCCUUCAAUAGAGAUGGCACAGCUUUCUUGGAUGCAGCCCAGGACGCUUCUGAAAGGCACGACAUUGAAAUGAAGAUGAUCUAUGAUUACUCUCCAUUCAAUGACCUCAACGCCAUCAUGCACGAAUUUGACAAGAUUGGUAAGUCCGGCACGAUGGUAGUCCUCUACGAACUGCGCCAUCUCGAUGCAAAAACCUUGGAGCUGGACUUUGUCUCUGAAAUACGAGAUAUCAAGCUGUCUGGCAACCCGGAUAGACGCGAACCUGAACACAACUCCCUUCGUGCCUAUCUUGCGGUCCUGUAUUUUGCGCCGCAGAUGCAGAUCUUCCUGCGCGGCACCAAGGUUCAACAGACGAACCUCGUCCAAUCACUCGGCGAACAGCGUAAAUACGAAUUCCGGGCGACCGACCUGAAGGAAGGGGCGAAAGCGGUGCAUAAGAAUUGCAUGGAGUUAACUAAAAAAGCGGAAAAUCGGCUUCAGGAAGCAAAAUCGGAUCUCGGCAAAAUGCAUAGGGUGAACACGGGAAAGAUGACCCGUGAGAAGAAUGUGGCAUACACUCGCCAGACCGCCAAGAUUGAAGACCUGGGAAAGGAAUGGGCGCUGGCCAAGGAGAAGGAAAAAGAAGCGAAACGAGCCAUUUCCAACCCCAUCCCGGUUGCGUUUUAUUUCGGACUCAACGUUCACAACAGAAAUAGGUACGGAAUGAUGCUUUACGUCAAUGGCCGGCUGAUCAAAAUGUACGAGAAGACGAGCAUGCAGCGCAAAAAGAAUGAUGCCAACAUGAAGGCGCUGGGCGUGAUUGGCGUCGUCAACCUGCCAUGCGCCGUCUUGACGCCAACACACAACAAGCAGAGCUUCGAGAGCCAGACGGCCUACAACAGCAUCAUGCGGGAGGCCAACAAGUACAUGGGACAAUACUGGUUGGACCUGAAGCUCGACGAGAAGCCGGGCGGUGUGGCAGAUUUUUGGGCGCGCCUCGGCUACAACUCGACGGCUUGGGAAUCUGUGUGCCAAAUGGAUGCCAAUUUCCAGAAGGCACGCCGUGAAUUGACCGGCUAUACAAUCCAGUGUGUGAACUGUCUGAAGUGGCGCCAUGUUCCGUUCAACACCGACUACUUCUUGGGAGGCGUGCCCGAAAGAUGGGCGUGCAAGGACCAUCCCGAUGAGGCUUAUCGGUCAUGUGCCGCUAAAGGAGGCCUGAAAUCUAUCAAAAUCGGCAAUGAUCUAUCGUCUGGAAAGGCCAAAAACUCCGACAGGGGUAGAAAGCUUUUGAGCCCGAAGAGAGAGGCACCCUCAUGGCACGAGCUAAUGGAAACAGCGCGCCACACAACUUCACAAAAUUCGCUCAGCGGCGCGUCAGUGAUUGCGAUCUCCUCAAACACAAGCAGUACACCCGGCGAGCCACCUGUCGCAAAGACCACCGAGUGCAUCGAAAUUGCCGACGAUGAAAAUGGCACGAGAUAUGGUCAGCUGGACGAUUAUGAUGAUCCGUAUGCUCUAUUCCACUCCACAAUCACGAUAUCGGAGGAAGACGUCGAUUCAAAGCCCGAAAAACGUGUGGGAACGCCACCUGAACCGUCCGUACGCCAGCAAAUUAGCACAACGAACAAGCGUUCACAACCCAGCGCCUCCCGUCAGUCGAUGCCCGCCAUUAAAAGGGCACGGGCCAGUGGAAGCGCGCUCUCCUCCAGUGAUGUGAAAAAUGAGCUGGCGGACGUAAAUGAACACUACAGUCAGCGUCCUAUCGACACCCCGACCCUCUCGGCGACUCGUCCCAAGCCAUCGAAGCUACGCGAGAAGGUCAGCGCUCCCGUAGCCGCCACUACGCCUCCGUCCAGCGCAGAAGCUAUCAAGACGCUACGCAAAGUUCUACGCGCCGUUUCCGAGCACAUGCCGAAGGCUUGCCCGGAUGUGGCUGGCAUGCCGACUGCCGACAUCCUCAAAAUCGACUGGGCUGACCUCAUCGAGACGAUGGUGCAAACGUCGAAAGACAAGACGGACGCUGAACUCGCCCAACUACACGCGAAAGAGCGAAAACGGGACAAGGCGCGACUCCGCAAAUUCGACCACCCGGCCCUGACGCCGAUCAAGGACGCUGCCUGUCGCGUCCUUCGAUGGGCUGCUCCAGGCGAGCCCGAGUACGCGGAGGUGACCCCGGAGACUGCAUUGCCCGCCCUGAUCAUGUUCCGAGACCGUAUCGAUGACGUAUAU